GCUGGCGACGCGAUGCGUCAGAGCAAGAUGUCGAACGGGACUGCGCCAAGCUAGUUGCCCCUCUACCUUCUCUCUCUGUGGCACGGUGCAAGAGCUUCGAUAAAAGUGGACGUUCUCGGGCAAGCGUUCGGCGCAUUCGCGUGUGUAAAAUUCGGCAGCUAACGCGAUAGGAAAAAAGAAAGGAGUGUCGGGAACGGUAGGUGAACAGAGGACACGGUAAUAUAAAGGCAGGCAAACGAGAAAAUCCACGGCGAAAGUGGAGUUCCUUUGUUCCGUGCUCCGAUCUCUGCGCAUAGGUUCCCGUGCGAGUGGCGCAGCAUUGUUUGUUGUGGUCGGUACGUCACUCUCGGCGUAUACACGGCUCGUCGCGAUAUAAAACCAGAUUCUGGCGUCCUGGUUGAUCUUGCGUCCGAUCAUUUUUUUCCUAGAAACAAUUUCAAUUGUACGAUCGUCGAUCAGUGCCGUGGUCCGUCGCAAUCGUGAACAGUGUACCGACGCGAUUCGAAGCGAAAGGAUCUCGCCUAGCCUUUCGUGUACGCGCGAGUGCUUUGUUUUGACGAGCAGCUGAUCCGGGACUGCUCGUUUAUCGGCGUUGGCCAAUCCUCCAUCGUUGCAACGGUGAUUUUUCUUUCUUACAAAUAUUCAAUAGUGCUUCGAAUACGUUCGACUGGCUUGUUAAAAGAAACGCGUUUAAAGGGAUCGUCGAGCCGUGGCAAUAGAGGAGGCUCCGUUACAUCACGAAAAAGCAAAAGGACGCGAUCGACCGAUGCUCACGGAAGCAACAGUGCGAUCUACGGAACCAGACGAAGCAACGAUCACAAUCUAAAAGAAACAUUUUCUUCGUUCUAACACGAAGGUGCGAUUCGACGAGAUUCGUUCGAGCAUGUCGAUUGUUUCUCGUUUCCAAGGGACUCUACGCUACCCCCGCUCGUGCCUCGUCCGAAAAAUCACUCAGAGAACCGUCCUGUAAAAUAACGACCGCUCGUUCAAGCGGAUUUUACCUCGCUUGAGACCAAACUCGGCCUUUUCGACCGACGGGGACCGUACAAUAGCUUCCCUCUUGAAAGGUUGUGCGGCUGACUCUUACAAUUAGUUACCAAUGAUCUCGUGAUACAUACUUCUUUCCUCUUGCUUUUUAAUUACGCUUUCAACGAAUCCUCGAAGAAGUUGAAAGUCUUCUUCGGUACAAACUACACGCACCUGUGCAUAUAUACACACACACACAUAUAUACACGCUUAUUUAUCGUCCAUUCUCGUUUCUCGGGGCAUCGGAUUCUCGUUCGCGGUGCUCAUUUUUCCUCCGUUUUUGCGCGCUCGACAUCCGAAGACGGAAACGUGCAACAAAACUGCUACUGUUGGAGAGUACGCGAGGCUGGCCAAAGCCGGUGAUAAUUUGCGUGAAUCGACGACGAACGACGGUUUCGUGGCCGUGAUCGAUGCAGCAUAAACCCGGGGGGGCCGUACUCGCCAGCUGUGGGAAACCAGGGGUACGGCCCCGAUCGAGCUGACUACGGGAGUCAAGCUGACGUGACAGAGGCUGUGUUCUUCUUCUACUGUGGCAAGUACGGGGUGAACUCCACCGGAUGCCAGUGGUGUUCCUCGAUCGGCCUGGCCGUUUCCCUCUUGUCCACCGACUGGAAGAAGCUUGACCGGCACAAAAAUGCUGUACAUAUUCCACGUGGACACCGGCACCACCAUCACCUUCGACAUCAAGUUGGCGCUGCAGACUGUCGCUCAGCUGAAGGAAGCGAUCGAGAGGGAAUGCGGUGUGGUAGCGGCUCACCAGGUGCUGCUGAUGAGCGGAGGCGAAAGUCUGGAACCAGACGCUCGUGUGUGCUCUUACUCUGCUGGAACCGAUACGAAUCCGAUCUAUUUGUUCAGCAAGGCCGCCAUUGAGAGCCACCUUCCACCCACGCCAAGCAUAGACUACGGUUCCGAUGUCGAUCUGCAGUGUCAAAUUGACGCGUCGUUGGCGAUGCCAGCCACCUAUCAGACCGUUGUAGCCCGCGUGCAAUUGGCUCAGCAAUGCUGCGGAUUGGCCCGGGAGCAAACGAGGAUCUGCGAAAGGCUGGUGCACGAUCAACACCUUCAACAACAGGGUUGGGCGGCGGUGGUAGCGAAUCUGGAGGACAUCACGCAGAUGUUCCAGUCGCGGGCCGAUCUUCUGCAUCAGAGCUUCGCUGUCUAUCUUUCGGAGAGGCAGCGGCACAUGGAACUGCUUGCAAACUUCAACGCCGAUUUGGGCAUGUUAGCGAAGAUACCGAUCCUACCGGCGUUGCGAGCUCAGGCCGAAGGUCUGCUGAGUCCGGACGAGCAACCUAGUGAAUCGGAGAAAGAUGCCGAAGGGAAGGAGGAAGUGUUGAGCUUGCUUCGAUGGAUCUCGGCGAAGGACAAUCAGAGCAGCCUCGAACAGGUGGCGGAACAGUGUUCGAGGGGCUUGGAGCAGUUCGACGAGAGGGUGAUGGAGGCGUUGAAGGCGGAGGUGAACGCGGCCAUAGACAGCGCGAACAAGCAGGAUAUGAAGGAGAUAAAGGGCCUAGGCGAACGGUUGUUCGCCCUCGAACAGCUGAUGGCUCAGACGAAGAAGCUGGUUCACGAACAAGGAGAGCUUGCCCAGGGCUUUCUUCAGAAUCAAAGUCGCGCGAACAACUUGGGCGAUGCUAGCGUUCUACCUGACCUCUGCACCUCGCAUAGACGCCAGUUAGUCGUGAUGCUGCAGAAUCACAACCAGCUGCGCGACAUACGACGCAGGUGCACCAAGGCUAAGGAAGAGCUAUCGGUGAACAUCUACCAUCGGCUCAAGUGGAUCAUGUACGUGGAGAACAAGAUGAUGGAGGUGGACAGCAAGCUGGUGAUAUACCACGAGAGCUUGAAACGUUUGAGACGUCAUCUGGAGGUGCUGCAACAAAUCCAUCUAGCGCCUCAGAUGUACAUGAAUGCGGUGGCCGAGGUGGUUCGAAGGCGUACCUUCUCCCAGGCGUUCCUCGUAUGGGCCAGCAAUCUUGCUUGCCAGCUGCUGACCGUCCACAGCGAGGAACUUGCUCGCAGGAGGGAGUUUCAGAGUAAAUUCGGGGGACAUUUCUUGAAUACUCUGUUCCCCGGCCUCGAGGACACUCCGCCACCUUUCGCCACGCAAGCGCCGUCUGUCUUUGAUAGCGGCUUGCCUAAGUUGACGGUGAACGACAUGGAAUCUCUGAGAUCACAGCUACCCGAUUUGGCACUCGCCGUCUCGUCGCCAGACUUGAACAGCAUCACGCAGUUUUUCUUGUCCAGGAGCCUUACCGAGGCCAGCACAGAUGGUAACAAAGAUAAGGAUAGCACUUCUAUGCGCGUAGACGUGACCAGCAAGGAACGAACGAGAGCACCGACAUUGUCCGACAGGGGUGAUUUCGAAUCGGAGACGGACACGGAGGAGUUCGAGAAGAUCGGCCAGGGCGCCACGGACUCUAAGCCGGAAUCGUUCGAUGGCGCGAAACAAAUGCGUCAGAAACAAUUGGAGGUUGGUGCCUCGCGAAGCGUGUCCCCAGCUUCCUCGACCUCAACUAACGUGUCCCCGCUUAAUUCGAAAGUCGUCGAUCCGACGAGCCGGUCAUCCUCCUCGAGCGAACCUGGAUCCUCCUUCCAUUUUCCCAGUAUGUCCGUAAGCGAGCGUCCAGCUCAGCUGAGUCCACUCGCCGAAUGCGUCGAGAACGGCGAGUCGAGCUGUUUGCUUCAUCGCGCCAACAAUUGUCUUCCCAAGUAUCGCGACUCCGGUCCUAUCAACACCGAGGAAUCCAACUCCCUAAGUCCGAAUCCUCCUUCCUCGACGCGGUCCGUGUUGUGCGACGGCCAGCAGCAACAGCAGCAACAGCAACAACGCCAUCAGCUAUCGGGCAGUGGCGGUAGCAGCCCAUCCGUCGGAGUAGGCGCUACCGACUUCAUGGCCACUGAAUUUUACAUGGACGAAUCUCUGCCGAGCAGUCUCAGCGAGCAUCCCAACGACGGCCAGCAUCAGGCCAUCGUUUCCCUUCUCCAGGAGAAUCUUGGCAACACGCGCGAGGAGGUGGAAAGGCUCCGCUCGAUCCUGAAGACGAUGAAAGCGGUGGUGUGCGAGACGUUGACCUCGGUUCGUCAGGAGUUGUCGAUUCUGAGAGAUCGAAGCGACGAGGAGAAGGCUGGCUUCUUCAAGAUGAUCGAACGAGUUCGCGAGGCUCUGUCCCUGUACUCGCGCGAGUGCGAUCGUCGUCUCCGAGAGCGCGAACAGGAACUGACCGUCGAUCACGAGCUCGAGUUGGCCGACGUGAAGAAGCUGAUCGAGAACCGGGAGGAGGAGAUAUGCAGCUUGAAACGCAAUCUUUUGGAGAAAGAAACGGAGCUGGCUGAACACGAGCGUCUGGUCGCGACGAUGCGGCAGAAACUGGAGACGGAGCAAACGGAGAUGAGAAAUCUGCAAACGCGUCUGCAUCGUCAACUCGAGGAGGCGUUGGAACAGGCUCGAGCGGAAAAGGAAGCCGCGGUGAAGGAGGCGAACGAGGAGCGAUUUUUGGAGAUCGCCACCCUCACGAAUUCCGUCGCGCAGUGUCAGAAGCGAAUCCAAGAGUUGGAGGAGAGUUUGGCUACGGCACGCAACGAUCAGCAGAGAAUGGUGAAGGAGGCGACCGAUAAGCUACAGCUCGAGUGCAAAACCGAGCUGGAGAACAUCAGAAGCCGUUUCAAGCUGAUGGCUGCGUCCACGAUGGAGAGGAGUCCGAGCGACAGCAGCCUCGAGAAGAUCGAGAGACCAGACGUGAUCGAGUUCGCCAACCACAUACUGGCCCAGGCGAAGGAGGACAUGAAGUUGGAGAAAUCGGUAGCUAUACGUACAGCGAUCGAGAAAGAACGAGCGGACUGCGUGAUGAAGUUGGAUCACGAGCUGCGAGUGGCCAGGCAAAUGGUCGAGGAGAAGGAUAAAGAGGUGGAGAUGUACCGGAUGAUAGAAAUCGCGCUUUCCGAGGAAUGUAAACGUUACAAGAGCACCAUCAGACGAUUGACCGAGUCGGAGAACUUCAAGAACAUACCGGUCGAGGCUGGAUUGCACAAGGAGCACGGCGAGGAACGGCUGGAGAUGAGCCAGAGCAAUCUUGAGGAGGUGGCGAAAAGCGUGGAAACGGAUAAGGACGAGGUGGAGGUGUCGGAAUCGAAGAAGGUGCGUUUGGAAGCAACCGACGACGCGAGUUAUCUGUCCAGGAGGCUAGAGUUGCUCGAGAACGACAACAAGAGGUUGAACGCGGAGUUGCAAUCGCUUCGCGAGAGCAAAGAGUCGGCUGAGACGAAGAUAGAAUCUUUGGAAGCGGACAAGGUUCGUUUGGAACUGGAACUUGUGAAAGAACGAUCGAGGAGAAGCUUCGCAGCUGAUCCUUCGGAAAGUCGCGAGAAGGAGAUGAACGCCUCGGUGGCCAUGGUUUCCGAAUCAGGCUCGAGUCAGGACGCUACCAACAGUCCAUUGCCGAUUCGCGGAUUCACCUGCACCACCUGUUUGUACUCGUUCUCGCAUAUACAGAAGAAGAUCGAGCAAACCGCGGCGAGACUGGAGAAAGAGGGUCGCAUCACCGUGACCACCUGCAAUCCCGGGGAUGUCGUAUUAGUUUGUUGGAAUCCGGCUCACGGAAAGUACACGUUGUAUCAGGAAUCAUCGAUGCUUUAUUUCCUCAAUUCGGACUGCAUGAGUACAUUGAAGCUGGGAUUGCAUCAGGACGGGACCCCGAAGAAGAUACAGACCAUCGCCGAGGUGAUCGAUAAGCAAUUCUGUCAAACCAGAAAGUCGGAAAAUCGGUAUCGCGUGCCACGCGGCACCAAGUUCUAUCGGGUGCGCGUGAAACCGGUGGACGAGAGCGACGCUCUGUUGGAGAGCGAAGAAUUACGCUUGCCUGAUUAGAAGCCACGGGAGCAUGGAUCUGCAUAAGCGAGUAAAACGAAACAUCCGUAAUCUUGCAACGUGACAUACAUAUUUAGGAUGCAGAUCCUUGGCUUACGCGUUCGCGAACAUCCGGUAAUCCUUCGAUCAAGGCCAAAACCUGCCAGAGCCUGUAGACGCAUCCUUGACGAACGUUCAGAGAAGGAGUUACGGAUGCUGCCCAGUUUUGGGUGCCAGCAAACACGAUAAGAAAGGAUGCGGCUGGCGUUUCAUUGUGAUAUAAGUAAUUUUUAAACGAGCGAAACAUAAUUGCCGAAUGCUGUGGUUAGCUGUGAAGCCCGAACGACGUUUGUAUUCCUCUUCUCCCCCCUUUUUUUUUUCUUUUCACACACACACACGAGAUUGAAAGAGAGAUAGAGAGUGAAAGAACGAGAAUGAGAGAGAUAUAGAGCGAAUGAAAGCGAAAGGAUGAACAAUCGCGAGUAUAUUAUUAAUAAUUAACGUCACGGACGAUCUUCUUCUUGUAAUUUCACAAGCGCAAGAGAUAGUCUCUUCUUUUUUCACUUUGAUUUCGAACAUCAAGACGCGUAGCUUCCUCGUUCGAAUUAAUUACUAUAUUAAUACUAUUUGUCUUUGCACCGUGUAAGAAAACAACGAACGAGGAAGAGAAGACAAACAAAUUUUCGUAGUACGGUAAGUUUUACAGAGAAACAAAAGCAAAAUGAUUAAAAAAGAAAAUUUAAAAAAAAAAAAAAAAGAAAGAAUACAGAAGCAGAAGGAGGUAACGAAAUUUACGGAAAAUUGCUUUGUAUAUGCAGACAAAUAUAUAUGUAUAUUAUAUACAUGUGAUAUAUAAUAUAAUACCAUGUACAUCGUUAUACGAAGCGUGCAAUAUUCGCGUUCGAGAAGAAAAAAAAAGAACAAAACGGAAGAGUAUCACGCGUGUGCGUACACGCGUAUUAGGUCCUAAGGUGAUGCUAAGAUUUUGUAAAACGAAAUUAUCUAAUUAACCACGUGUUGUGCAAUUCUCGAGACACAUCUUUUAACGCACGUUACGAAGUUCGCUUAAUUUUUUAAAUGAACACAAAAAAGAAAGCAUAAAUACAAGGUAGAGGAAAAAUCGUAUAAAAUCGUUUCCUCCUAUCGACCAUAUUUUCAUUCUUUUUUUUUUUU